ACCGCUACGCUGCCGUGGACCUGAUAAAAAUGGGCAACCCGUUGGCAAUCCGCUUCAUAGUGAAAAAGCCCUCAACUUCUUACAUCAAAAACAUAUUUUUCAUAACGUUCAACGAUAACGUAUGGAUCGCCGGUCUCAUCAUCAUGAUCAUUUCCGCUCUGGCCGUAAAAAUAAUCCUAAGUUGGGAAGUAAAAGAGAAGACGGUUUGCAUCAAGAAAGUCAAGCAAAACUCGUAUAGUUUGAGCGACGUGACUCUAAUUGCCUUGGAAGCCGUUUGCCAACAAGGAACUACAACCGAGCCUCAGAGCCUGUCAGGCCGAAUUCUCGCUCUAAUUCUCUUUGGCGCCUUUAUGUUCAUCUACGUGUCGUACAGUGCUAACAUUGUUGUCCUCCUGCAAUCAACGACGAAAAUCAACGACAUACGAGAGCUGCUCGAGAGCAGGAUUGAAGUCGGCGGCUGCCAGACGCACUACAUGAGGAAUUAUUUCGAAGUUAUUGGACAAAUACAGGCCGUCACAUCGAUCAAGAAGGGGCCUUUGCGCGACCUAUACUUGAAGAAAAUUUAUCCCGAUCAAUAUUUCCCUCUCGAGUCCGGGAUGAAAAAGCUGCAACAAGGGAAUUUCGCGUUUCACGUUUUAUUGCAGGCGGCUUACGUGUAUAUCCUGAAAAACUUCACCAAUUACGAAAUUUGCGGAUUGCAGGAGCUGCCGGGAUACAUCGAAGAGAACCGCGGCUACGUCGCCGUUCCCAAGCACUCGCCCUACAAGGACCUGCUCAAAGUGGCGAUAUUGAAAGUGGAUGAAUACGGCCUGCAGAGACGCACCAAUUUGCGCGUUAUUAUGAAGCCGAAAUGUUUCUCCCAAUCGGCGACGUUCAAAAGCGUCGGCUUUUACGACUGCGAGCAGGUUCUCUGGAUUUGGGUUUUCGGGACGAUUUUGGCGCUCGUGCUUUUUGUCGGCGAGGAAUCGACUCUUCCAGACUCAUUCCUCAAAAUGAAAAUACUCCAAGCGUUUAUUUUAUUCCUUGCAUUUGAAAAAAUUUGCUCCACUGAAACCGACCUCCAAUUUCUAGAGGACUUUUUCAAAAAUCGAAAUGUUGCACUUAGUAUUCACAACUGCUGGACUAAAAGCAAAAAUAACCAACUUUUGCGUAAAAUGGCAACCGUGGGCCAGGUGGGUUUGUAUCACCCAAGCGACAUUAACGACUUGAAAAAAUGGCCCAGUAGCGCCUACUUGGUGCUAGAUUUGCGUGAAUGUGAAAGUUCGUACGAAAUUCUAGCCCAGAUCAACAAGGCAAAUAUUUUUGUUUAUCCGCUGAAUUAUUUGCUGCUAGUCGACGAGGCGGCAUUUUCCCCUCUUUCCGAAACCCUGUCCCGGUACGAAAUUCUGCCAAACUGCGAGCUUGUGAUAGCCGUCUUCACUGCCACUUGCGUCUUUUUGCACCAAACUUACAAAGUGGGGAAGAUUAACGAAUUAACCUGGGAGAGGUAUGGAAAUUGGUCGUUAGCGAACGGUUUGUAUGAGAAUUAUCGAAACGUUCCGAAACACCAGAGACGCGUCGACCUGAAAGGGGCCAAUUUGGCGGUCGGGCUUGUGAUUUUCGAGAACGACACUCUCAACCAUCUGACUGAUUACAUGUAUCCUGGGAUCGAUACGUUCACCAAACAGGAUUUUGAGCCGAUGAUGUGUGUUUUGCGACACAUGAACGUGAAUUACUCGUUCCUCGUUGUGGAUAACUACGGGUAUGUGGACGAAAAAACGGGACUUUUCAGCGGGUUGGUGCGGGAGGUGCAGACUGGAAGGGCUGACGUUUCAGCCGGCUCGAUUUUCUUCACAAAGGAGCGGUACGAAGCUGUUGACUUAAUCAAACAAGGGAACCCUCAUCCAAUUAGAUUUGUGGUGAAAAAGCCCUCAACUUCUUACAUCAAAAAUAUUUUCCUGAUAACUCUCAAUUCAAAUGUCUGGGUGGCCUCGACGGUGAUUCUGGCCGUUUUCGCGCUGGUUGUUUACGUGAUACUUAAUUGGGAGGCGAAAAAUAAGGAGAAAGUCAAACAGAACAAGUACAGUGUGAGCGACGUUACACUUAUUGCCCUCGAGGCGGUGUGUCAACAAGGAACUACAACAGAGCCCCAAAGUUUCGCUGGAAGGAUUCUCAGCCUGAUCCUGUUCGGAGCGUUCAUGUUUAUUUAUGUGUCCUACAGUGCGAAUAUUGUGGUUCUCCUGCAGUCCACGACGAAAAUUAAUGACAUACAAGAACUGGUAGACAGUCGGAUAGAAGCGGCUGGCUGUCAGAUUCAUUACAUGAAAAAUUAUUUCGAGGGCGUACGGAAAGGCCCACUGAGACACCUAUACUUGAGUAAAAUCUACCCUGACCAGUAUUAUCCGCUGGAAGUUGGCAUGAAAAAAGUCCAGCAGGGAAACUUCGCCUUCCACGUCUCCCUGCAAUCAGCCUACGAGUAUAUUUUACACUACUUCACAAACUACGAAAUCUGUGGCUUGCAGGAACUCCCCGGAUAUAUUGAAGAGAAUUUGGGUUACAUAGCCGUACCGAAACUAUCUCCCUACAAAGAUCUGUUUAAAGUGGUGAUAUUAAAAGUGGAUGAAUAUGGAUUGCAGCGACGCACAAAUCAGAGAAUUCUGAUGAAACCGAAAUGUUUUUCACACUCAGCGACUUUCAAAAGUGUGGGCUUUUACGACUGCGAGCAGGUUCUCUGGAUUUGGGUUUUUGGGACGCUUUUCUCACUUGUCGUGUUUUUUGCCGAAAAAUUAAUUCAUCAUUUUGCACACAAGUUUCACGCGAGACAAACAAAACGGACGGACGACAUGUAAUUUCCUCACUUAAAUCGCAGACGUUAGAGUUACAUCUACGUGCAAAUAUAGCCCGAAAUAAAUGUGCGGGAAAAAAAAUCUGCUCCUCAAUCUCUUUCAGCUUGUGUAGAACUAUGGAUAGUUUGUUACUUAGUGUCUAAAUACACCCAGACUUUUUACCAUUUCAGUACGAUAACUGAAAUCACCGGCAAAUUAUGUUAUCUGACUGUAUUUAUUAAUAUUAAAGUACGUUUUGUUUGCCUGACGACGUUUGUUAUUAUUACUAUCUUUAUUAUUAUU